CUUUUUUAUUUUGGGAUAAAAACUUUGAAAGUACCUAUUUAUUUAUCUUUUAUUCUACUGCUUUUUAUCUUUGCCUUACUUUCAUUUUUUCUGAUGGUUAAGAAGUCGUUACUUUCUAGGAUUUUAUUUAGAAACACUAAAAAGAAUGCAGCAUCAUCCAAUAGGAAGUCUACCGUCAGCGACACCGAGAAAUCGUACUUAUCAUCAUCAGUGUCGAAUGCUUCCGAAAUGAAAGAUCAGGUAGCAGAUAUGUUCCUGAGAGCAUCAAAGCAAAAACAGCAACAUCUUCUUUCCCUAAUAAAGUGGCCUCAAUCUGAUCAGGAUGGUGAUGAUUACGAUUUGUUUCCUCCUGAUCUCUCACGACAACAACAAUCAUUCUAUGCUUUAAGAUUAUACAUAGCAACCAUUCAAAAAUUAAAACGUCAUCCACCACCAUCUAUGGAAAAUCAUCGUGCUAUUUAUCAUUUAUUAUCAACAUUGGUCAUACAGCAGGAAAUUGAGCGAUUUGAACCUGAUUUUGACCCUGUAGGGAGAAAGCCCCGCAAAUCUCGCUAUGUAUCUACUUUACUUGACACACCGAUUGAAAGUAUUACAUCUCAUCAACAUCCUGUCUUGCAAGCAUAUAAAAGGAAACCAUUUGUUGAGACCACUCAUGUAUAUUUACCAUCAUCAUCAUCAUCAUCAUCACCUUGUCCAUCGCCAUCAUCAUCAUCUAGAUCAAUGUCUUCUUCCAUCACCACAUUUUCUACUACCAACUCCUCUUGUCUAACAACUCCAUCAUCUUCUCCUAUAUCAUCCCCCAAUUUUCCAUCAUAUCCUUCUUCAAAAUCAUUUCAUCAUUUUCCAUCAUCACAUCGUCAUGAUGAAGACUCUCAAUCUGAUUCAUCACUUUAUUAUCAUGAUCAUAUCGUUAGUUCACCUCUCUAUCAAUCUCUACCAAUCAUCGAUCCAUUGCCAUCACCAGCAUCAUCGAAAUCACAUUCUCUUGUUAAAAUGUAUCAUUUGCUAUCAUCCCGCUCUGAUCCACAUCUUCAUUCGUCUUAUCGCCUCCUAGAUAAAAGUAAUCAUCAUGAUAAUAGGCUUAAAGAGGAUGAAGACAACGUCCCGUUAGCUAUGCUAAAGACUAAAAAAUCCGAUCUUACGUCAAAACCAUUGUCAAUCACUUUUAUUUAAUACUAAUAAAAAUAAAUGGUUUAUUUUCAAUGAUUACAAUUAAAAAA